UGAAAAGCUCUGUGGACCCGACUGGCGCCGAACAAGCAGUUAUCACGCCAUACAUCGGCUACUGCAUGCUAAAAUUAUGUCUGAAGAUUUCUAUUCCACGAAUGGAGGGAAGUAUCUACGAAUGGGAAGUAUCCACGAAUGGAGGGAUGUAAGUAUCUUGUCGUAGUUGUUCUUGGACAGACUCCUUAUUAGAUUUAGCAGAUAGGAGGAUACUUGAUGACAACUACCCUGUUCUCUUUUCCAUCUUCCUCUGGUCUUUCUUUUUUCUAGUUACAGGUCUGCUCCACCACAAUUAUACCCUCUCCUCCCAAUAAUUUCAUCAUCUCUGCAGCUGCGCGUUUACCUCUCUAUCCCUCCCACGACCCCAUCAUCUCUGCAGCCCCUCUUCAUACAAGAACUUUCGUUGUCGCGGGUUGGGCGUGAUACUUUCUACCUCCCACAGCUUGACUAUCGAGGACAAAUGAGCAUCCGGGCUAAGCUUUUGGGCCCAAGAGGACAGCUGCGACCGAAGUAUGAUCCCCUCUUCGGACAGCUCUUGGUGAGCGAGCGGACGCAUCAAUUGGUGUGGUAACAGAGAGAAAGAACAACGCAUUGAUUGAUGAUAUGCUCUGAUGUGGAAUAAAUCGCAAUAUAAUGAACAAAGGAACAACAGCAAGGUGGAUUUACUUAUCACACAUCUUUGUCGAAGAAGAUUUGGAACUCAAUAAGGUAACAAGAACAUGAACAUCAUCAAACAAUCUAACGUUGAGAGGAGUUUUAAAUCAAAGCCAUAAACAACAGCAUCGCUUCGAUGUGAAUGACACUUGUUUUUUUCUGCGAGUCAAAGAAAUUUCAUGAAGACAAGACGUCUGCAUAGGAAAACAGACGUCUACUUGAAUUAAUAGGUGCGAAGGAGAGACGUCGACCUAGUAGAACGCUUCCCACGUGAUCGAACAUUCUCUGGGAUACUCGGUUACUUCAGUUUUCCGUUUACUCUGAGCAGGAAGUAGUCCUCUUUUGUCAGGGGUCUUGAAAGAGUCAGAGGGCUCUUGAGAGAGAGUCUGAAAGGAGCUAGAGCUCUUCGAGCGC